AUGGCAGAUUCAUUCCAAAUGGCUAGCCAUCUUUCUUUGUGUUUGUGCCUACUCUCACUUCUAGUUUUAGCGAACACUGAAACUUAUAUAGUUCACAUGGACUUAGCCGCCAAGCCCACUGCAUUUUCUAGCCAUCAUAGCUGGUUCUCCACCACACUUGAAUCCAUCACCACCACCUCAACCACCAUAACACCUUCUUCAUCCUCUAAACUUGUGUAUAGUUACACAAAUGCAAUCAAUGGCUUCACUGCCACUCUAUCUCCAUCUGAGCUGGAGCUCAUUAAAAACACACCAGGUUAUCUUUACACUAUUAAAGACACUACAGUUCAACUUGACACCACUCACUCCACUCAAUUCCUUGGACUGAAUUCAAAAUCCGGUGCAUGGCCGGUUUCAAAUUACGGGAAAGAUGUUAUCAUCGGACUCGUGGACAGUGGAAUUUGGCCAGAAAGUGAGAGUUUUAACGACCAUGGGAUGAGUUCAGUUCCAUCCAGAUGGAAAGGUGAAUGUGAAGUUGGAUUCCAGUUCAAUUCCUCUUUGUGCAAUAAGAAACUAAUCGGUGCGCGAUAUUUCAACAAAGGGCUUUUAUCAAACCGUCCCAACUUAACUCUUUCCAUGAACUCCGCUCGUGAUACGGAUGGACAUGGGACCCAUACGUCGUCGACGGCUGCUGGGGGUUACGUGAAAUGUGCAUCGUAUUUUGGGUAUGGAAUGGGUACAGCCACCGGUGUGGCACCAUAUGCCCGUGUAGCUAUGUAUAAAGCUGUUUGGGAUGAAGGUGUAUUCGUUUCGGACAUUCUUGCUGCCAUUGAUCAAGCAAUCUUUGACGGCGUUGAUGUGCUAUCCUUGUCAUUUGGUAAGGGUGGUCUUCCGUUACACCAAGACCCGAUUGCCAUAGCUGCAUUCGCAGCACUUGAAAAGGGUAUUUUUGUGUCUACAUCCGCUGGAAAUGAGGGACCUGCUUUAAGAUCACUCCACAAUGGGACACCAUGGGUUCUCACAGUCGCAGCCAGUACAAUCGAUCGUGAAUUCACUGGAAUGUUAACUCUUGGCAAUGGAGUUGCGGUUAUGGGUUUAGCGCUUUAUCCCGGAAAGUCAAGUUUGAGCCAAGUCCCAAUUGACUACAUUGGGGCUUGCCAGAACGAUUUCAAUUAUAAAAAUGUUGAUCGAAAGAUUAUCGUGUGUUUCGACAAUAACAACACACUUUCGGAACAAUUUUAUAAUGUCGAAAGCUCAAAUGUUUCAGGAGCUAUUUUCAUCACAAAUAGCAGUGAUGUCGAAUUCUUUAUGCAAAGCACAUAUCCGGCCUUGUUUUUGGAUCUUGAAUCCGGAAAAACUGUCAUGAACUAUUUGCAAAACCUCAACAAUAAGGAAGCGAAAGCGAGUAUAAAGUUCCAUGGGACACGUCUCGGGACGAAGCCAGCACCAAGGGUGGCUAGCUAUAGCUCACGAGGUCCGUCUAACAGUUGCCCGGUUGUCUUAAAGCCAGAUAUCACAGCACCCGGUUCACUAAUACUGGCAGCGUGGCCCGAUAGCAUAUCACCUACCAUCAUCAAGAAAGAUCUUGGUACAGGAACCGUAGAACUUUAUAGUAAACUUAAGAUAUUAUCAGGCACUUCUAUGUCAUGCCCUCAUGCCAGUGGAGUAGCAGCUUUAAUAAAAGCUGCCCACCCCAAAUGGACGCCAUCCGCCAUCCGAUCAGCCAUGAUGACUACAUCAGACAUUCUGGACAAUACAAAUAAACCAAUUCAAGAUAUCGGUGAAUUCAACAAUCCAGCAACCCCUUUAGCCAUUGGUUCAGGCCAUGUUGCACCCAACAAGGCCUUGAACCCUGGACUUGUAUACGAUAUCAACACACAAGAUUAUGUUAAUCUUCUUUGCGGGUUAAAUUAUACGAAGAUUCAAAUUCAGGCUAUUACAAGAUCAUCUAAUGUGAAUUGCUCCAACCCAUCUUUGGACAUAAACUACCCUUCAUUCAUUGCCUAUUUUGAUGCAAACACACAUUCGGAUAAAGUUAUUCAUGAGUUUAAACGAACAGUGACUUAUGUAGCAUUCGGACCUUCAACAUUUAAGGCAAAACUGACUGCGGUUGGUAGAUUAAAUGUCAGUGUCACACCAGAGAAAUUGAGUUUCCGAUCAACAAAUGAGAAGAAAACCUACAAGUUAAGAAUAGAAGGUCCCUAUAACAUGGAAGAUGAAGUGGUCUAUGGUUAUUUGAGUUGGAUUGACAGUAAAGGAAAGUUUGUAGUCAGAAGUCCAAUUGUAGCUACAAGCCUACCAAGCACCACAGAUACAUUCUAAUUAAUUGGUAUAUGAACAAAAUUCAUAAAUUUGUCUUUGUUAUCUUUGCCAAAGAAGUGAAAUGAUUGGGUUCGGUUCAAAA